UUCAUUCAUUGAUUCAUUGAUUCAUUCUAGGACUUUUUUUUUUUUUCCUUCCAAAGUCUCUGUUUUCUCUGCUUUUUGUUGUGAAACUCUAAGUUUCCAUGGCUUCUGAAACUGAAGCACCUGAAAUUUCUUCUUUGUUCGAAAUGUUGUUAAGGCACAGAGACCUCUAUUUGUUUCUACCUUUUAUAUUGGGAUUCUCCGACAACAACAGUAAUAACAAUAAUUCAAGAGAAAACGCACAAGACCCAGAUCAAGAAGCAUCGCAGGAAACAACUUCGCAACGUGAAAGAAUAAUCCUUGUCAACCCAUUUACUCAAGGCAUGGUGGUGAUUGAAGGAGCUUCAAAUUUAGAAGCUUUGCUACGUGGCUGGGCUAACAAAGAUGGCCAGCCACCUGCCUCAAAGGCAUCCAUUGAAGCCAUGCCGAGUGUGGAAAUUGGUGAAAGUGAAGAUGGAGAGUGUGUGGUUUGCUUGGACGACUGGAAGCCUCGUGAGGUGGCAAAGGAGAUGCCUUGCAAGCACAUGUUUCAUGAUGAGUGUAUAGAGAAGUGGCUUGGAAUUCAUGGGUCAUGCCCUGUUUGCAGGUAUAAGAUGCCUGUUGAUGAAGAAGAGAUGGGCAAGAAGAGAGAUGAAGACAGGAGAAGAUUUGAGAGGGAUAUUUGGGUUAGUUUUUCUUUUAAUAAUGGUAGGAGUAGUGAGGAUUCCAAUCAAGUUCCUUCAACCGAUUCUAAUAAUGUCUCCACUUUAAGUCCUAGGCCCGAUGAUCAUGAAAUGGAGGGUUAGAAGAAUUGUGUAGGAUUUUUUUUUUCUUUAUUGUUGCCUUCAUUUCAAUUUUCUUUUUUUUUUUUUUUUUCAUCUUUGUGGGAAGAUCAUGUACAUAGAAACACUUGUUUUUUCCUAAGAUCUGUUGAUGAGUAUAAAUAAAUCUAUACUUUUGUUAGUGCUA